AUGACCCUCUUAUCGCGCCCAUCCAGGUCGUACGCCACUGUCGACCACGACCCCGACGGUCUCGCCGGUGUCGGCUCAGCCCCCCGGGCGGGCGCAUCCACCUCGGGCUCAGUUCUGGGAUCAGGCGGUACUCGUCGGGGAUCGGGUUCCCAGGCUGGGCGAGAGUCUGGCAGCGCGCUCGGCGGGGUGCAUGUGCUCAAGAAGGGCAGCAAGAAAGGCGACGGUUUCAAGACAUAUCGACCUCCAAUUUCCGAAACGCAUCUCCGACGCUCACUUGGGUAUGACCCGCACCCCACGUCGUCUUUCGCCCCUUUGCCGAGUGCGUUCCAGUCGUCGCGGGUGAAGAAGGAGGCAGCGCUGGCGGGACAGAGGGCAGAGGCUGAUCAUCUUCUUGCGCCGGGGUAUAAUGAACCCCGGCGGACGGCUGGGGGUCUUGCUGGAGGUCUGGGGGGGAGCUCAAGUCAAGCGAGCUUCAACCCGCCUCAUUCUGCGAAUUCCGGAAGGCGACAAGCUGGAGUCUACUUGGAUUCGAACGGCAAGCUGCACGAUACCGAGUAUGACCCGUUUGCGGGUCUGACAAACAUGUCUCGCGACAAGUCUCGUCGUCGGUCAGCCUUUGGAAAAAGUCGGCGCUCGUCUGUUUCGUCUGACUCUUCUUCAUCGUCUGCUGAAUCUCAAGCGAGGAGGCGCCAGAGUCAUGAUACGAUGCGUUCUGUGCGGGACGAGGAAGAAGUCCGUCGGCGGUUGCGGGAGAAGGAGCGCGAGAUGGAAAAGCAGCGGGACGACGUUUCGCUAUAUGUGCAGAGACGGCGAAGCAUCAUGUCGGAGAGGGAGAGAGAAUGGACGGGACGGGGUUCCCCUUCUAUCAGGUCGACGGAAGAAGGACCGAUGGGUUCGGGGCAGAGUUUCAUGACCGGCCGGCGAUCCCAGGCCAACCACUACUACCCCUCUCCUCUAUCACCCCAAUUUGCAGGGCCGUCUUUCGCCAAUAACCCUCCCACGGCAUUGUCUGCUACUCGCACGCCCAAUACGAGUACGUUCUCUGGUAUCAACGGCGAAGGCACCCCACCUGAAAAGAUCUCCGAAAUGACUCAAGCCAAAUCACCUGUCCAAGCCCUUGCUCCUCCUCCCCUCAUGUCUGAACCGCCGCCCAAAGAGAGAAAAAAGAGUAAAGUCGAAGUGCGGGAUGGUGUGACGAAAGUCAUCGGCUUUGACGGUCCCGCUCAAUCUCCUUCGCCUCCGACGGACCAGCUUGGCAGUCUUUCGCUCCAGUCACCAGACCCUUCUUCGGGGCUCACACCGCCUCCGCCUAUCUCUGCUAGCGCUUCGGUGACGUCGAGAGGUUCGAUGGAUAUGCCCCGUUCCCCUCGACCACCUGGUGAGCCUGCACGAACCCGACACCCCACACGCACCGCAAGGGAUGACAUCUACCCCGAAACUCCCGCCCAAACCAAGCGCCGCCAAGACAAAGAACGCCAGCGUAUCCUCUCCGGCGCACACCACCCCUCUCACAUCUCAUCCCACCACACCCAUACGGGCAAACCGUCGCCGCUUGCGAUCAAUACGAAUCUCGCGCCGAAUGGGGAGAGGGUGUUGCCGGAGAUUGAGAUUGUGAGCGAUGAUGAUCCGAGGGUGGUGGUGCCGAAGGAGGGAAGGACGACGAGGGUGCAGAGGGUGCAUGAUCAUGUCAUCCGGAACCCGCUCCAUCACCACUCGCGCAAGACGUCUCAAGCGUCCAAUUCGACGCUGGGCACGCUUCCGCUCCCGCCGACUAUGCCUGCUGCUGGUGGGUAUGGUUUGUCAGGUUCGUCCUCGUUGAAUGACCUGAAUGGGAGUGGGAAGGCGAGGAGUACGACGGGAAGCAGAGGUGGGGGAAGCAGUUUCAUGGAUGAGAGUGGAGGGUAUCUGCCCUCGAGGUGGGCGCAAGGUGAUAAGAAAUUGAGGAAGACGGAGGAGGAGAGGGAGGCGUAUAGGCCGAGAGAGUGGGGAGAGGAAGAAGGAACCUGGCAUCCGACCGCAAAGGAUCAAGUGAAGCGAAACUUUAAAGACAUCGCGACCAGUGCGAGGUUCAGUCUCUACCGUACCAAAAAGGCGUUGUUGAGGAAGGCGGAGAUGUGA